AAGGGCGCGGGGAGGGAUGAGAUGGGGGAAGAUGCGAGGGCAAUAUAUAUAGCUAUAGAACGGAUCUUUGCUGCGGACGUUGAUUCUUGAGGAGGAAGGAAGAAACAGGUGUGGAAUCGAAGCAUAGCAACAUAUCAGCCAGCCAGUCAUUCGAACAUUCGAACAAUCAUGUCGAUUCUCAAGCUCGACGGUAUCAAGAUCGUGGACGACAAUGGGAAGGAGGUGCUUCUUCGCGGCGCCGGUCUGGGUGGAUGGAUGAACAUGGAGAACUUCAUCACCGGCUACCCCGGGCGUGAAUACCAGAUCCGCGAAGCACUGGCAGAGGUGAUCGGCGCCGAGAAGUCGCAAUACUUCUUCGACCGGUUCCUGCACUACUACUUCACGGAGGCGGAUGCGAAGUUCUACCACCAGCUGGGACUGAACUGCAUCCGUGUGCCGUUUAACUACAGGCAUUUCGAGGAUGACAUGAACCCAAUGGUGAUGAAGCCGGAGGGCUUCAAGUGGCUGGAUCGCAUUGUCAAUCUGUGUGCUGAGCAGGGGAUCUAUACCAUCCUGGAUCUGCACACUGUGCCUGGAAGUCAGAACGGUGAUUGGCACUCCGACAGCGCCACACACGUCGCCGACUUCUGGCGGCACAAGCACUUCCAGGACCGAGCCGUGUGGCUGUGGGAGGAGCUUGCGACACACUACAAAGGCAACCCGUGGAUCGCGGGGUACAAUCCUCUCAACGAGCCGUGCGACCCGUUCAAGACGCGACUUCCCGCGUGGUACGACCGGGUGUACGCCGCGAUCCGCGCCAUCGACGCCGACCACCUAAUCUUCCUCGACGGCAAUACCUUCGCCUCCGAUUUUAGCUGCUUCAACAUCGAGACGUGCAAGAAGUGGAUAGGUGUGGUGUACGCCUGCCAUGAUUAUAGCAGAUAUGGGUUCCCGCUGUCGAAGGAGACGUAUGUGGGCGACGAUGAGCAGAAGCUGAGGGUCAAGAAGUCGUACCUCAAGAAGGUCGAGUGGAUGAAGGAGAACAACCUCCCCAUCUGGAAUGGAGAGUUUGGGCCGGUGUAUGCCCGCAGACAAUAUGACGGCGAUGCCACCGACGAGAUCAAUACCUCGCGUAUCCAGCUGCUGAAGGACCAACUCGACGUCUACGAUGAGGACAACAUCAGCUGGAGUAUCUGGCUGUACAAGGACAUCGGAUACCAAGGCAUGGUGUACGUCAACCCAGAGACCAAGUACAUGAAGAUGUUCGAAAAGUUCCUUGCCAAAAAGUUCCGGACCGCGAUCGACGCCUGGGGAGCCGACGAGUCGCACGUGAAGCACGCCUGGGGCCCGAUGGAGAAAUUCAUUGCCGACAACGUCGAGCCUAAGUACCGCGGGCUGUACCCGUACCCCGUGUGGACAUUCGAGAACCGCAUCGGAAGGCUCUCCAGGAAUAUCCUCCUCGCCGAGUACAUGGUCAAGGAGUGGGCGGAUCACUUCGAGGGUAUGGAGGAAAAGGAGCUGGAUGAGAUCGCACAGAGCUUCAGCUUUGAGAAUUGUAUUCUGCGCAAGGAGCUCAAUAAGGUGCUCGUUGAUCAUAGGGGGAUGCAGAAGGCGUAGAGCUGGGAUGGGGAAUGGAUCGGUUGGACUGUGGGUUUUCGUACGGCUAUUCUUUGUAUGUAAGCUCUUGUAGGAAUUGAGAUGUCUUUGGAGUUGCAC